GUUCUCUCUCAAAAGAAGGGGAGCUCGCGCAACUGCCCGCCAAGUGUGAGUGUGAGGAGGAGGAAGAGGAGAAAGAUGUAAGAAGCGGCAGGUAGUGCGCAUCCUCCCGGGGGGCUGCAACAUGCAGAAGGGGAUGAGACUCAACGAUGGCCAUGUCACCUAUCUGGCGCUGCUUGCCAGGAAGGACGGCACCAGGCGCGGGUGCCUGAGCAAGAAAAGCUCGGACAACACCAAAUGGCACCCCAAGUGGUUCUGCUUGCUGCAGAACAUGCUCUUCUAUUUCGAGAACGACUCCAGCUCGCGCCCUUCUGGACUCUACCUGCUGGAGGGAUGCGCGUGCGACAGAGCGCCCUCACCCAAGCUGCCGCCCUCCGCCAAGGAAUGCCUGGAGAAGCAGUAUUACUUUACAGUAAUGUUCAACCAUGACAACCAGAAGGCUUUGGAGCUGCGCACAGAGGACGUCAAAGACUGUGAUGAGUGGGUCGCCGCCAUUACACAGGCCAGUUACAGGAACCUGGCGACAGAGCACGAGACCCUCACGCAGAAGUAUCUACACCUACUGCAAAUAGUGGAGACGGAGAAAACGGUUGCCAAACAACUUAGACAACAGAUAGAGGACGGGGAAAUCGAGAUAGAGCGGCUAAAAUCAGAGAUCACUUUGCUGCUGAAAGACAACGAGAAGAUCCAGUCCAAUCCAGAGGUACCUCCAAGUGAUGACGACACUGAGAUCCAGAAGAUCAAAAAGGUCCAGAGUUUCCUGCGAGGCUGGAUUUGCCGCCGGAAGUGGAAAACCAUUAUCCAGGACUACAUACGCUCACCUCACGCGGAGAGCAUGAGGAAGCGGAACCAGGUGGUAUUUAGCAUGCUGGAGGCCGAGGCCGAGUACGUCCAACAACUGCAUAUCCUGGUCAACAACUUCUUGCGGCCGCUACGCAUGGCUGCGAGCUCAAAGAAGCCACCCAUCACCCAUGACGACGUCAGCAGCAUCUUCCUCAACAGCGAGACCAUCAUGUUCCUCCACCAGAUCUUCUAUCAGGGCCUGAAGGCCAGGAUAGCUAGCUGGCCGACACUGGUGCUCGCGGACCUCUUUGACAUUUUGCUGCCGAUGUUAAACAUCUACCAAGAGUUUGUGCGGAACCACCAGUACAGCCUGCAGAUCUUGGCCCACUGCAAACAGAACCGGGACUUUGACAAGCUACUGAAGCAGUAUGAGGCCAAGCCCGACUGCGAGGAAAGGACGCUGGAGACAUUCCUAACUUACCCCAUGUUUCAGAUCCCUCGUUAUAUCCUGACCCUCCACGAAUUACUGGCCCACACUCCUCAUGAGCAUGUGGAGAGAAAUAGUUUGGACUAUGCCAAGUCCAAACUUGAGGAGCUUUCGAGAAUAAUGCACGAUGAAGUGAGUGAGACGGAGAACAUACGAAAAAAUCUGGCUAUUGAGCGAAUGAUUGUCGAGGGCUGCGAAGUACUGCUGGACACUAGCCAAACCUUUGUCAGACAAGGUUCUCUGAUCCAGGUGCCCAUGAGUGAAAAAGGCAAGAUCACCAGGGGCCGUCUGGGUUCUUUGUCUCUGAAGAAGGAAGGCGAGAGACAGUGCUUCCUCUUUUCCAAACAUUUUAUCAUCUGCACUCGAGGCUCAGGGGGGAAACUGCACGUCACCAAGAAUGGUGUGGUAUCCCUCAUUGACUGCACACUGAUGGAGGAUCCAGAGGGCACCGAUGAUGAGCCCAAAAUGGAGCGGAGUGGCCAGGACACUGAGCACCUCGACUUUAAAGUGAUAGUGGAGCCUAAAGAUGGGCAGCCUUACACUGUCAUCCUGGUGGCUUCAUCACGACAAGAGAAGGCGGCAUGGACAAGCGACAUCAGCCAGUGCAUCGACAACAUCCGCUGCAAUGGUCUGAUGAUGAAUGCCUUUGAGGAAAACAGUAAAGUCUCUGUGCCACAGAUGAUUAAGUCCGACACCAGCUUGUACUGUGACGACGUCGACAUCCGCUUCAGCAAGAUGAUGAACUCCUGCAAGGUGCUGCAGAUCCGCUACGCCAGCGUCGAGCGCUUGCUGGAGAGGCUGACCGACCUGCGCUUUCUCUCCAUCGACUUCCUGAACACUUUCUUGCACUCCUACCGCGUUUUCACCCGUGCAGACGUCGUGUUGGACAAGCUCAUCACCAUCUACAAGAAGCCCAUCAGCGCCAUACCUGCACGUGCUUUGGAGCUUUUCUUCGCCAGCAGCCAGAACAACAAACUCCUCUAUGGCGAGCCGCCCACAUCGCCACGUGCCAGUCGCAAGUUCUCCUCCCCUCCGCCACUCACCAUCACCAAAACGUCGUCGCCCAACCGCCGUCGCAAGCUCUCGCUGAACAUUCCCAUCAUCACUGGGGGCAAAGCGCUGGACCUGGCCGCGGUCAGCUGCUCCCCCAAUGGCUACGCGAGCAUGCACACUGCCAUGUCCCCCUUUGGGAAGACCACCCUAGACAUCAACAAGCUGUUUGUGUCCAGCACCAUGGCCAGUAAGAUUCCAGAUGAGGGAGAAGCCAAAGCCGAGAGCAAGGCUGAUGAGCCUGUCCUCAACAAGCAAGAUCUGUCAGUGAGAGAGGCAUGUGACGAAGAACCAUGUCCGAAUGAUGAGACGGAAGCAGAGAUGUCUCCUCCCAAGUCGCCGUCAACGCCCAAGAAUGUCAAGUCAAAAAACUGUGAGUUUACGCUGUUCUCCUUCAACAACACCAUGGUUGUGUCAUCUUGCCGGGAACUGGACAAUAACCGGAGCGCCCUCUCGGCGGCCUCGGCCUUCGCCAUUGCCACAGCCGGUGCCAACGAGGGCACGCCGACCAAGGAGAAGUACCGCCGCAUGUCCCUCGCCAGCACAGGUUUCCCUACAGACCAGCGGAAUGGAGACAAAGAGUUUGUCAUCAGAAGAGCAGCCACAAACCGUGUCCUAAAUGUGCUGCGCCACUGGGUUUCCAAACACUCCCAGGACUUUGAGGUGAACUCGGAGCUGAAAAUGAGAGUAAUUGGCUUUCUUGAGGAGGUGAUGCAUGACCCAGAGCUCCUGACACAGGAAAGAAAGGCUGCUGCUAACAUUAUUAGGACUCUAGCACAGGAGGACCCCGGAGAUAACCAGGUCACCCUGGAAGAAAUCAUUCACACGGCGAUGGAGGAGUGCAGGAAUGAGCCGUUUGAGAGCCACUCUGCCCUGGAGAUCGCCGAGCAGCUGACUCUGCUCGAUCACCUGGUCUUCAAGGUCAUCCCGUAUGAGGAGUUCUUUGGCCAAGGCUGGAUGAAGAACGACAAGAACGAGAGAACUCCGUACAUCAUGAAGACGACCAAGCACUUCAAUGAGAUCAGCGACAGGAUUGCCACUGAAAUCCUGCAGUGGGAUGACGUCAACAUGCGGGUGGCGGUCAUUGAGAAGUGGGUGGCGGCGGCAGACAUUUGUCGCUGCCUGCACAACUACAACGCCGUGCUGGAGAUCACGUCUUCGCUCAAUCGCAGCGCCAUCUUCCGCCUCAAGAGGACCUGGCUCAAGGUCUCCAAGCAGACUAAGACAGUGAUUGACAAGUUACAGAAGUUGGUGUCAUCAGAAGGCCGUUUCAAAAACCUGAGGGAGGCGCUCAAGAACUGCGACCCGCCUUGCGUUCCCUACCUGGGUAUGUACCUGACUGACCUGGCCUUCAUUGAAGAAGGAACACCCAACUAUACAGAGGACAACCUGGUCAACUUUUCAAAGAUGAGAAUGAUAUCUCACAUAAUCAGAGAAAUUCGCCAGUUCCAGCAGACGGCCUACAAGAUUGAUUAUCAACCAAAGGUGGCAAGGUACUUGCUAGACAACAGCUCCGUGCUGGACGAGGAGAGUCUGUACGAAGCGUCCUUGAGAAUCGAACCCAAAAUGUCAUCGUGAAGAGGCUUGUUCAACUUUCAUAUGAAGUGUACAGGACCGUUAUAUUCUAUUAUAAUGUAUAUAUGCUAUCAUUUGUAUUAGACAACAUAGGCUGUGCCCUCCUAGUAUUUUCUCCUCAAUGUCAAAUAUACAGGCUAAGUAGACACCCACAGAGGUUUUAUUCAUAUAGUUGACAGAGUAUAUAUUAUUUAUGGACUUAUUUACACUUUGAUUAUUAUUUCAACAGACGAGAGAGUAUAACAAUGUGAUAAUUCACAUAUUUUAGGCUUGAUAUACACUGCAGGUCCAAGUGUACAAUUCCGAUUUAAUGCCUACAGUACAUCAGAUUUCCUUUUAGUCGUAAUACAUUUCAAAUGGCACAUAUCCACUUUGGCUCUGUUUGCAAUGAUGGAAUGAAUGAAAAAAACUGCAUGCGCCCAAAUUGUAUGCAAAUAACCCCACAAGCGUCAACACUGGGCAGUGACAUUGAAGUAAACAAUAAUGCAUUAAUAAUAAUUUUUAAAAAUGUAACGUUACAAGCGGCACGGUGCACAACUGGUUAGAGUUCAAUCCCCGGCCCCGCCUGUGUGGAGUUUGCAUGUUCUCCCCGUGCCUGCGUGGGUUUUCUCCGGGCACUCCGGUUUCCUCCCACAUCCCAAAAACAUGCUUAGUAGGUUGAUUGAAGACUCUAAAUUGCCCAUAGGUUUGAAUGUGAGUGCGAAUGGUUGUUUGCUUAUGUGUGCCCUGUGAUUGGCUGGCAACCAGUUCAGGGUGUACCCCGCCUCCUGCCCGAAGAUAGCUGGGAUAGGCUCCAGUACUCCCGUGACACUAGUGAGGAUAAGCGGCUCAGAAAAUGGAUGGGUAAACGUUACAUAGCAUUUAGUUGGCCUGAGCCUAUUCUUCCCAUUGAUUUAAAUGAGGGUAACCUCCACAUUUCUCCACUGACAAUUAUUUUGCAUAAUUAAUCUCCUCUAAUGUAGCAUACUGUAUUGAGAUUGUAUUUAAUUGUCUAUGCAUUUGCUGUAGUUUAGAUUUCCAACAGGUGUUUUUAAGGUUUUUUUGUUGUUGUUAUUGUUUGAGCAGACGCAGGUGUGCAUAUGUCAACGAUCAACGGAUUUCAAUAAUGUGGAGCUUGCAUUGGGGUACAGUAUAUACAAUUUGUGCUUUUACGGUGUACUCACAUCCAAUACGUAUCAGAGUUUAUCGCAUUUAGAAUAGGCCCGAUUCCGAUAUUCUUUUCUAUACGUCACUUGAGAGCAAAGAAAUCGGAAUUUUGUCAUUUGAACCACGCAGUGUAAAUCCAAGAUUUGAUCAGUUGCCUUUACGUCCCCAAAUAAAAGUUUUGCCUUAAAAAUACAGCUGCCUUUUUAACGAGGUGUCCUGAAGUGAUCAUCAAAUCAAUGAUCAAUACCAGUGCAGUAUUAAUAAUUGCAUGAGCCUUUAUUACAUUUACAAAAGAAAUGACUAUAAAUGGACUGAAUGCCGAAAAAUUGAGUUACCAUAUUUCCUCAGAUAGUGGCCUCCGUUUUGAUAGACACCAUCCCACAGUAAAUAGUCCGCUUGAAUAAAUGACUGCCGCACCUCCAAUUAGAUUUGCCCUUUUCCCUUCCCACAAAGAAAAAAUGGGUACCGCCAAGUUGCUGUAUUUAUCUUUACUGUGGCAUUUGGUAAAACCAUGUGUUACAAUAUGCACACUCAGCUGCACAGCAGACAUGGCACCUGUAGAUUGACAUUUACAGUGGGUUGUGCAGUAAGAAUGUUCAAAUGAACAUAUGGAUGAAACCAGAUGUUUUCAUACACUAUUUAAAAAUACAUGUACUGUAUGCUUUUUUUCUCACUUUCUGACUCAAAAUCAGACUGAACAUUUGUUGUUUUAGGUUAAUUAGGAUUACCAAAAUUAUUUCUAUUUUUUAAAUGCCAGAAUAAUGAGUGGAUUUUUCCAGGCAAUUUCUCAUCCCUUUUUUAGAGCCAGAAGUUUACAUAAAUUUCAUUAGUAUUUGUUACCAUUGCCUGUAAACUUGGGUCUAACAUUUUGAAUCUCCUUCCACAUGCUUCACACUAUAGUUGGCAGGAAUCUUGACCCGUUCCUCCUGACAGAACUGGUGUAACUGAAUUUCUAGUAAGUUUCUAGGCCACCUUUCUCACAUAUGGCUUUUCAGGUCUGUGCAUGAAUUCUCAAUUGGAUUGAGAUCAGAUUGAGAUUGAGACUUUGUUAUCCUGAAGCCACUUUGUAACCAGUUUGGCAGUAUGCGUCGGGUCAUCGUCCAAGUUUUAACUUUCUGGCUGAUGCCUUGAGCUGUUGCUUCAGUAUUUCCACAUUCUUCCCUCAUGAUGCCAUCUAUUUUGUGAAGUGCACCAGUCCCUCCUUGGGAAAAACAACCCCAAAAGAUAAUGCUGCCACCCCCAUAUUUCACGUUUGGGAUGGUAUUCUCAGGCUUGCGAGCUUCCACCUUUUCCCUUCAAACAUAACAAUUUUGAUUAUGGCCAAACAGCUCAAUUUUAGUUUUGUCAGACCACAGGACAUGUCUCCCAAAAUUAGGGUCUUUGUCCCUGUGUGCAUGUGUGAACUGCUAUAUGGCUUUUUUUUUUUUAUGUUUCUUUUAGAGUAAUGACUUGGCCUUUCAGCCUAUUUCCGCAUAGUACUUGUUUCAUUGUGAAUCAUGACACACUCUUACCACUUUCAGCCGGCAUCUUCACAAGGUCUUUUUGUUUUGUUUUGGGGUUGAUAUGCACAUUUCGGACCAAAGCAUGCUCCUCUCUGGGACAUAACCCAUCUCCGGCCGGAGCACAAGGAUGGUUGAACAUUACCAUGGUGUUUAUACUUGCAUAUAAUUGUUUGGACAGAUGAAAAUGGCACCUUCAGGGAUAUGGAAAUUGCACCCAAGGAUGAACCGGACUUGUGCAAGUCCACAAUAUUCUUCCUUAUAUCUUAGCUAAUUUCUUUGCAAUUUCCCACCAUGUUACACAAAGAAGCAGUGUAUUUCAGGUUUUCCUUCAAAUACAGUACAUCCACAGGUUAUGUCUCUAAUUAACGUUGUAAAUAAAACUAUCAGAAGCUUCCAAAGACGUGACAUCUUCAUCUUGAUUUUCCAAAAUUGUUUAAAGGCAUAGUCAUCUUACUGUGUGUAAACUUCUGACUUUGGAGAGCGUAAUGAAAAUGUGUCCCCCAAAAAAUCCUUCCCUGUUUGUUCUGGCAUUUAGCAAAUAGAAAUAAGUGUGGUUAUCCUAAUUGACCUAAAACAGUAAAAGUCAGACAGUGAGGGAAAAAAAAUUAUCUUUUUAUAUAGUGUUUUUAAACAUCUGGUUUCAACCACAGAUAUUUUCUAAAAAUACUGAUUUUUCUAUGCAUUUGGCCUUUCAUCCACAUGCAAAUGCAGACUUUGGAAAACAUUUUUGGCUUGUGUCAUUUGAAAUAGAUUUUUAACCACUUAACAGAAGAAAGAAAACGCAUCUAAUGUCAUUAUUGCCUUAUGUGUCAUGAUUUAUUGUCAUGCAAUAACUCCAGUGUUUUUAAACAAUUGUACUGGCUAAUUACUAGCCAAGUAAUGUACUUUCAUGUGGACAGAGAUUGGUUUUAAACCCUGUUGUCUUCAGAUGUACCCUGGGAAUUUAGAGUGUAUAUAUUCCAUGUGAACAAACACACUUGAGUAGUGUCCGAAAAGCAGUUCCGGACAAAUUUAUUACACCACCUGACAUGAAAAUGAGAGGAGAGCAUCCAUCAUUACGAAGUGCAUUUUCUGAGAAGUCAGAAAUGAAUCAAGCAUAACAUUCUACAAAAAAAAUUUCGAACUAUAAUUUGACAUCUUAAGAAAUAAUUACAUGCUUAACAUUUUUGUUUCUUUUUUUUUUUUUUUUUUUUACUGUAAGUUUUGAAAUUCAGAAAUAAGUACCGGUGCAUAAUUAUAUUUUAACAUUAAGAAAUAUAAUUUCUACAUUUGUUAAGUCCUGUAUAUACUGUACCAAAGAAAAGCAUGUACUGGUUAGCCAAUAUUUGUGAGUUGUUGAUUGUUUUUUUUGUUUUUUUGGUAUGGUAUGCCAAAUUUACCAGUGGUGGAUGCAUGCAAGCGUCAUUCAUUUUCAAGUUGGGGUUCAAGGGAUAAAACACUAUCAUGUCAAAUCCCAACGUAAGCAGGGCUGCACUGAGCUUUGUUGGACGCACACAUUAGCAUGAGCAACGUUGUUAGCUUCUGAUACGCUUUUCACUGAACAAUGGCAAUAUAUGAUGUAUUUUUAUUAGCCAAAGUCAUCGCCCUAAUUAAUGCCUUACCCUAACAGUUGCCAGUUGAAUAAAACACUCCUAGCCACUACAUGAGGUAAUACGGUCCACACAGUAUUCUUGGUUGCUUACCAAAUGGAACGUUGGGAUGUUUCAUGUAGCUGCCGAACGGUAAACUUGGUUUUAUGUGUGAAAAAACACGGUUUGGCUUUUGCUUCUUCCCACUUUGGACAGAACGCAAUGUAUGUAGCAAGUUUAAUUCCCAGUGUUUCAUGGAAAAUUACCCUCUUUGGCCAGUGUAUCAUAGUUUCAAGCCUUAAUCAUGAAAAUGGAUAUAUUUAUAUGUGUACACGCCACAUUGUCAACUAUUUUGUUGUACUAUUUUGCCAAUGAAGCUGAUGUACAUGUUUUCCUUGUGUACGGCAUAAUGUAAUAACUCCUCUGCGUAUGAUACUUCUAAGUGUAACACAUCCUGACUAUUGCCAUAUUUUAGCAGGACCUAUAAAGUAGUAAAAUUGUGUUUA